AUGACUGCACUGGGUUCAGUUCGUCAUGAAUGGAAGAUUGGUACUUUAUUUGGGUUUCAAGAAUGGUCUUAUUCCAAUUUAUUUUUUAUGGAAGGAAUAUAUGAUGUUGCCUUUUCAAUUGGUGUUAGAUUAAAUAACGGUUAUUUGGAUGUAUGUGUAGGAAAAAGUAAUUUGAAAUUAGCGAAGGCUGUUAUUAAAAUAGCGAUCAAUGAAGAAAACAGAAAAAAAGAAAUUAAUAACUGGAAGGAUAAUUACAUUUUUGAUAAUUAUAUACACGAUUCUAAGCUCGGUGUCUCUACACUUCAUCAUGAAAAUGGGGCUUAUUGCCAUUUUAUUUCUGACACAACUAUUGUUUGUACGAUUACUUGGUAUGGUUUUGUUGGAGGAGUUUCUGGGAGUAACUUUUAUCAAGAAUUACAGCAGUUUCACAAAGCAACUGAAUUCAGUGAUGUCAUACUGUCAGUUGAUGGUGCCGAAUUACCAGCACACAAGAUCAUUUUAUCAUCCCACAGCCCAGUAUUUUUUGCGAUGCUAACAGCAGAUAUGAAAGAAAAGAAAGAGAGUCGAAUUAACAUUGAAAAUUUUGAGGUAGAUGUCAUCAAUGAAAUGUUGACUUAUUUUUACACUGGCGAAACAAAAGCCAGCGAAGAUGUUGAUACUGCAUUGAAGAUGCUUGAGCUGGCAAAUAUGUAUCAAAUAAAUAAGCUCAAAGAUAUUUGUGAGCAGACAUUGUUAAAGAAAAUGAAGGUAGAUAAUGUCUUGCUCAUUCUCGUUGCCGCUGAUGAUUUCAAUUCACAAAAUUUAUAUGACGAAUCAAUUAAAUUCAUGGUAAGUAACCGGAAAGAAGUUGUUAAACUUCCUGGAUUUAAAGAUUUAUUAAAGACAAAGACAGAAAUUAGGUAUAAUUUCAUUUAUGCCAGCUUUGAAACUAAGCAAUAA